AUGGCGCAACAAGAUCAAGACGUCAUGUACUACAACAAUUACCUCUUCCUCCUGCUGCCCAUGGUCCUGCUCCUCAUCGUCAAGUUCAGGCUGCCGCGCAAGCACGGGGGCAAGAACCUGCCCCCGGGGCCAUGGCGGCUGCCAGUCAUCGGCAGCCUGCACCACCUCGUCGGCGCGCUAGCGCUACCACACCGCGCCCUGCGUGACCUCGCCCGUGCGUACGACGCCCCGCUCAUGCUGCUCCAUCUAGGAGAGCUGGAGGUCACCGUGGCUUCGUCAGCCGGCGCGGCAAGCGAGAUCAUGAAAACCCACGACGCGGCAUUCGCCACACGGCCGCGGACCGCCACCAUGCGCGCGCUCACGAGGGACGGCCUCGGCAUCGCCUUCGCGCCUCACGGUGAGCACUGGCGGCAGGCCCGGAAGCUCAGCACAACCGGGCUGCUCGGCGCGCGGCAGGUCCGGUCCCAACGGGGAGCACGCGAGGUCGAGACAGCCGCCCUGGUGGCCACUGUUGCGUCGUUGUCGUCGGCGUCAGGGCCCAUGAACGUCAGCUUCCUCCUCUCCGCCUACAUCACAGACGUGGUGACGCGCACGGUGCUGGGCCACCGCAUCGGGGCUCUCCGCGACGAGUUCUUGGAGCGCCUCGACGAGGGCGUCAAGCUGGUCGUCGGGUUCAGUCUCGCAGACCUGUUCCCAUCGUCGCGCCUUGCGCGCGCAUUCAGCGGGGCGUUGCGCCGCGCGGAGCUGCUCAGCCGCGAGAUGAGCCAGCUCAUGGACCGCAUCACCGAGGAGCACCGUGCGAGGAGGAUGUCAGCCGGCACCAGGGACGAGGAAGAGGACCUCCUGGACGUGCUACUCCGGAUCCAAGCGGAUGGUGGCAUCGACGGGCCUCUCGACAACAGAACCAUCCGUGCCAUAAUCACCGAUAUGUUUGCGGCAGGGAGUGAGUCCACAUCGACAACGAUAGAAUGGGCGAUGGCGGAGCUCAUGCGAGCCCCCGCUGCGCUCCUGAGGGCACAGUCGGAGGUGCGCGGCACCUUCGCCGGAGAGAGCCGGGUCCGUGAGGAGGCCCUGCCGGAGCUGCACUAUCUACAUCUAGUAAUCAAAGAGACCCUCCGUCUACACCCGGUGGCGCCGCUGCUCCUCCCCCGGGAGUGCCUAGAGCCCCGACGUGUUCUUGGUUACGAUGUGCCCAAGGGCGUCAUGGUGCUCAUUAACGCAUGGGCGAUCGGCCGGGACACGGCGAGCUGGGGCGCCGACGCCGAGGAGUUCAGGCCCGAGAAGUUCGAGGAGGCCGGUGCCGCGGCGCCGGACUUUAGGGGAACCAACUUCGAGUUUGUGCCCUUCGGCGCCGGCCGGAGGAUGUGCCCUGGGAUAACGUUCGGGUUGGCUGUCCUGGAGCUUGCGCUGGCGAGCCUUCUGUUCCAUUUCGACUGGGAGCUCCCUGCCGGCAGCUCGGGCGAGCUGGACAUGGCGGAGGCUGUCGGGGCGGCGGUGAGGAGGAUGAGCGACCUGCGGCUGCAUGCCACCGUUCGUGUGCCCGUGCCUGGUCCUACUCUAUAG